UUUCACCCCGUUUGAUCACGGAAUUAAAACAGCCGUUUUGCGGAGAUAACUUGUCUUAGAACUUAACUUACAGGAUUUAAUUUACUUCUCUGACCAUGGAAACCCGUCGAAGGUGAGGUCAAGUCUCUCCACCGUGACUUCUUCUCUUUCCCUUGGGUCAAUUGGAAGCCUUUCCAGCCCGUCAUAUCCGACUCCGGGCCACAUCUCCCUCCCUUUCACUCAAUCAUCGCUGUGCAUCCCUUUUCCUUUGUACUCCCCCCACACUUAGACUCACCGUCAUUCGGAGGAAUCUUACUUUAACAUAUAAAUCGGUCCAAUCGCCCCAUGGCUUUCUCUGCAUCUGACCAUGGCCUAGCAUGUUCUGACCCCACGGCGCAAUCUGCUCCGGUAUCAUCGACAUCAUCUUCCGCCCCGCUGUCCGACCUCGACCGUCGUUCCUCUUCCACAGUCGGUACUACCCUACUCCGCGAUUAUGCAUACCACAUAGAUCCCUCGCAGACCACAAACGAGAGCGAUUCCCUCCCGGGGACUCGUAACAACAGCGUCGCUGCUUCGCGGAAGGCUGAGAUCUCCCGGGAAGACUCCGCUGUCCUAUCGUCGCCAUCAUCACCCUUCCUGCCUCUCCGCGCCGCGGCCUCGCUGAAGGCUCACCAACGUAACGCACUUUCCACCGACUCAAUCCCUCGACAGACUAUCAUGAAAGCGCUUGCGUCUCGCCCGUCCAUAUCCAACCCGAAUAAUUCCAACAUGCCGCUGGCGGCCUCUCUCGGGCUCCUCGCGAAUGGCUCAUCCUCCAGUCCUCCAGAUGACGCCGAGCGUCGCGCCAGUAACCCCUCGUCCCAGAAGCUCUCCGCAGCGCUCUCCAGUCUGCAGCUUGGCCCAUGUUUAGAUGGCCUGCCUCCGACGGCGCGGUUAGCCAUGAAAUCGCCGUGCUUCUUCCAUCAAAGGUUCGACGACGCCGUCAAUAUCCAGAAGGUUCUCGAGGAGAUUACCCACGACGAGUGGUUAUCACACUCCCGCUUAGUACAGACGGCCACCGGCGUGCGUGAGGUGUCCAAGCAACUGCAGCGUCGGCCCAUUAAACGUGCCGUACGGAAUGUCAUGAUUGUUACCAAGGCGCGUGACAACAGCCUGGUGCACUUGACCCGGGAACUGGCGGAAUGGCUUCUCGCGACCCCUCGAUAUGGUAAAGAUGUGGGUGUCAAUGUGUAUGUGGACGCCAAGUUGCGGAACUCCAAGCGAUUUGACGCGCAGGGGCUCUUGCAGAUGGAGCCUCGGUUUGAAAAGAUGCUACACUACUGGACUCCGGACCUCUGUUGGGAAUCCCCGGAGAAAUUCGAUCUCGUCCUGACAUUGGGUGGAGAUGGCACGGUGCUCUUCACGUCGUGGCUCUUUCAGCGUAUCGUUCCCCCCGUCCUGUGCUUCUCUCUCGGUAGUCUGGGCUUUUUGACGAACUUUGAGUUCGAGAAUUAUAGGCAACAUUUGAACGCGGUUAUGGGGGAUGUUGGGAUGCGGGUGAAUCUCCGCAUGCGGUUCACGUGCACCGUAUUCCGGAAGGACCGAAGCAAAGGAGCCGAGGCCGGGGCCGUGGAAGAAGGCGAACAGUUCGAGGUUCUGAACGAACUGGUGAUUGACCGCGGGCCAUCGCCUUACGUGUCCAAUCUCGAGCUAUACGCCGAUAAUGAUUUCUUGACGGUGGUUCAAGCGGACGGGUGUAUCUUGUCUACCCCAACGGGAUCUACGGCUUACUCGCUUUCCGCCGGAGGUUCUUUGAUCCAUCCCUCUAUCCCAGGCAUUCUUCUUACACCCAUCUGUCCUCAUACUUUGUCCUUCCGCCCGAUGGUGCUCUCAGACUCGAUGCUCCUUCGCAUUGCUGUCCCCAUCGGCUCCCGCUCCACCGCUUACUGCUCCUUUGAUGGCAAGGGCCGCGUGGAACUCCGUCAGGGGGACUAUGUCACUGUCGAAGCCAGCCAGUACCCCUUCCCAACGGUGGUAUCGGGUAGCGGAGAAUGGUUCCAGAGUGUUCAGCGAGCACUGCGGUGGAAUACCCGCGGGGCGAUCCAGAAAAGCUUCCAUCGCGGCUCCGAUGCAGGCAUGGAAGGGCUCGACGACGGCGAAGACGAAGAAUGGGACAUCGAUACAGAUGCUGGGCUCGCCGGCACGGACAGUGGCUUUGGGCCCAGUGAAGACGGCGACGCUGGGUCCAUCAGCCCGAUGAAACGGCAGAUGAGCAUGCUCAGCAUGUAGCC